AGCAAGGGAAGAAAAAGGGAAUUUUUAUUUCUAUUUAUAUCUUCUGUUAACAUCAAAAUUUAAUUCAAUAUCAACAAACCAAACAUCAACAAUAUUCUAUUCGCUAUCCCAACAACAACAACAACAAAAAUACUUCUAUAUAUAACUAUACCCCAUCCAUUUCGCAAUUCAUACAACUAGUUCAUCAUGGGGAGAAGAAAAAUUGACAUUCAACCUUUAACUGAUGAUAGAAAUAAAACCGUUACAUUUGUAAAGAGAAAAGGAGGAUUAUUUAAAAAAGCUUAUGAAUUAGCGGUAUUAUGUAAUGUUGAAAUUGCAGUUUUAAUCGUAGGUUCAAAUGAUAAAGUUCAUGAGUUUUCAUCAGUUAAUUCAAAAGAAGUUAUUAAUGCUUAUGAACUGAAACUUCGAAAUCGGGAAAGAAUUGAUUCAAAAUCAUUAGAGACAUUUGAAGUUUAUAAGAAAAAGACUUAUUUACAUGAACCAUUAACAAGAAUGAGUGAUGGGAAACAAUUUCCUAGUCGUCGGAGUGGAGGUCAUGCUGGAAGAUUAAGUGGAGUUGGUGGUGGUUCAAGUGGUACUGGUGUAGUUGGUGGAGCAGGGGAUGAUGAUGAUGAUGGUGAUAUUGAAGAUGAAGAUGAUGAAGAUGAAGAUGAUGAAGAUGAUGAAGAAGAAGAACGUCAAACAAGUUCAAGAAAAAGACAACGAACUAAUAAAUCAUCAUCAUCAUCCACAUCAAUCCCAAAACAACAACAACAAUCACAACAUAUUAAAAAUACUGAUUUAUUACAACCAUCAUCAUUUACAAGAGGAAAUAUCUUUAAUUCUAAUUUUCGUAAAAAUGAUGAAACUUCUUUAACUCCAUCAAGUAUAAGUUCAUCAUCAACUUCAGAUAUAAAAUAUAAAUCUCAAGAUUCAAAACCUUCCUUACCAACCAUACUGACAAAACCAAUCUCAUCUGUUCAUUCAAGUACAACAGUUGGACAAAGACCAGUAUUAAGAGUACAAAUUCCUAUCGAUCAUCAAACUAAUAAUACAAAUGAUAGUGCAAGAACCAUAACCGCUAUCGAUACUCAUCCAAGUAAGAGUGAAGGAGGAUUAUCUUCCAAUGAUAGUUCAGGAUCUUCCGAUACCAAUAAUCCAAUUCGAAAUAGUAAUAAUAAUAUUAAUCCAAUUCAUCAUCCUCAACAUCAUCAUUUAAGUCAUCAUCAUAGCCAUAUUUUCUCCAAUGGGAAUAAUCCGAACCCCAACAAUAAUAAUAACAAUGGGGGGAAUAAUAAUAAUAAUAAUAAUAAUAAUAAUGGCUUGCCUAAUAUAAAUACUCAUUUCAGAUCACCCGAUUCAAGAAAACCAACAUUACCAAUGCCAAUUCAAUCAUUAUCACAGACGACAUCUCCAGCCAGUACUACUGCGCCUGGAUUCCCUCAUCCUAAUUUUAGCAACAAUAAUAAUAAUAAUAAUCCUAAUAAUGCCAAUACUAAUCCGAAUGGUAAUAAUAAUAUGGGUAAUUAUCCAGGUCCAUCAUUUUCUCCUUCUUCAUAUACACCAUCUACAGCUAUUAAUCAAAUGUUAAGUCAAGGUCCUCAUCAACAACAGCCGCAAUAUGCCAAUUCAAGUAAGAUAAGGCAUUCGUUUUAUCCUGGGGGGAAUACAGCAACAUCAGGCACUGAUCCACAACAACAAUCACAACAAGCACCUAUCAUGUCGGAUGAUUUCUUACCUUCCCCAUCAAUUUUCCAACAACCUGAAUGGAUGAAUAAUGGUGGUAGUACAGGAUAUACACCUACUGCUCAAAACAUGGCAUUUUUUGGAUUAAGUGCCGGUGGGAAUGGAGUUACCCAAUUUAAUUUAAGUGGAUUAAAUAGUCGAUCCAUGACAUUAUCAUCACCUACAACUUUCAUAUCGGGAGAUCCCAAUCAUGGUGGUCCAAGAUCAUUCACUACUCAUCAUCUUUCCAAUGUGAGUGGAUCUACACCGGGGGUGACUAAUUCCACUACACCUGUCAUAGCGGGGAUAAACAGUGAUAAUAAUAAUGGUAGUGGUGGUGGUGUGAUAUCGAGUGUUACAUCUUCAAGUCAAGUUACAAGUACAAAUAAUAGUCUUAAUUCAACUAAUACUGAAGGAGUGUUAACUAAAGCAUCAAGUAAUGGUGGUGGAGGAGAUGGAAGUAAAGUUAAUAGUAGUAAUGGAGAAAUUAAAAUUGAGAAGUAA